CGCCAUGAUGGUUACCCAAUGAUUAAAAAUAUAAUAUGACUAUGUUUUUAAGGACGUAUAUACUGACUUGAAGAAGAAUCAUUACUGGUAUUUUAAGUUGUCGGAACAAACGUGGAUAAAUGUUGUUUCGAAUUCAAAUUUGUACUUUGACAAAUUUCGACAUUGAGACAUGUUAAAGAACGUUGAGAAAUUUCAUCAGGCAAAAGCUAUUAACACCAUGAAAAGGAGUGAAUCGAAUUCGAUUAGUAGGCAAGCAAUUGACAUUCAUGGAAAUAAUAAGGUCAUUCCUCUUUUAUUAAUUUGGAAACUGGAAAAUGGAAACUUUGAUACAUUAACGAAAUCCGAAAAGGAAUUCAUCAAUGACAUAUUGGGGAACAUCCAUACAAUAAGCCCUAAUAAAUGUAUAAAAGUGGUGCCUUCGAAUCGCAUCAGCAACAGAGGAAGUCGUAAAAAAUAUAAAAAUUGUGUCCUCAUGUGGGACAGCAGCAGACAGGCUAUUUUAGAUAUAAAUCCAUUAAUUUCAUCGGGAGAAAGGCUAAACACUUUCGCAAAUUGGUCGAUUUCUAGUUGUAAGUGGUGGCCUAGAAUGUUAUCAGAUGCUGGGUUUUAUUACAAUCACACCGACUUGGAAUGUUUCCAGUGCAGAUUCCAAACAAACCCUACAAACUGGCUUCCUAAUGAAACACCAAAAGAAGCACAUGCACGAUUAAGUCCAGAAUGUGCAUUUGUAAAAUUGUAUAAGCAAUCUGCACGAUCGGAUAAACCUAAAAGUCCAGAACAAAUAAGUAAUAAUGAUCGUCUUAUAAAUCACAAUGAUAACACUAAUAUGAAACACAGUAUAUCCGAACAAAAUGGCCAUUUUACACCUGAGUAUGUCGUUGUUCCUCAUCAAAACACGAAUUGUAUGCAAACAAGGGCCCUUGUUAAACCAUUGCUUUCAAAUGAUGCUAAUGCAUUUCAUAGAGGAGGGAUUCCAGCAGAUAAUUCAAACAUACAAUCACCAAGUGACAUCAAAACAGCCACGUCAGCUGUUUGUGAUUCUGCAAACAAUCCAAGUUAUACGGAACAUUCAAUCCAACCGACUAUAGAUGCUAUGAAUAGUCAACUCACCAUUGACGGUUUUCAAUCUAGAAUUCAGGCACCAGAAGAGCCAGAAUAUAUGUAUCCUCAAUAUCAUACAUACACGUCAAGAUAUCAAUCUUAUGGAAAUUGGCCGUUCCCACACAAACAAACAGCUCAUAGUUUAUCAGAAGCCGGAUAUUUUUACACAGGCGAAAAUGACAUUGUUCGAUGUUUUUGUUGUGACCUGGGGUUAGCAGAAUGGGAUCCAAAGGAUAAACCAUGGACUGAACACGCACGUCACAAUCCUAGAUGUAUGUUUUUGUUAACGGAAAAAGGAAAACAAUUCAUUGAUGAUAUCCAGAAAGACUGGCGAAAGAUAUAUAACCCAAAACAUGCCGCUUUUGAUGAUAAAGAAUCGCGUAUAGCAACAUUUGAUGAUUGGCGACGAGACAUUGAACAAACCCCUGAAAUCUUGGCAGACUCUGGAUUUUUUUACACUGGCGAGGACGAUGUUGUCCGCUGUCAUUAUUGUGAUGGAGGACUACGUAACUGGGAACCAGGAGACGUUCCGUGGGAGGAGCAUGGGCGCUGGUUUCCAUUCUGUAAAUUUGUCAUCAAAAUGAAAGGGCGAGAGUAUUUAGAGGAAAUAAGAGCUAAAUAUGAGGAGAGACAGCGCUUGGGAAAUCAAGCAGAGAUCAGGAACAACAGAAGCUCUGACUUACCAGCAACACAAUUUGCUUUAAUAAAAAAGCCUGAAGAGAAAGAUCCUCAAAAACUUAAGGAAAUCAAUAAACAAUUGAAAGACAAAAUGAAAUGCAUCCGAUGUAGAACCAAUGAUAUAUGCAUGCUGUUUGUUAACUGUGGACAUCGACAGACAUGUGAGGAGUGUGCAGGUCUUAUGGACUUCUGUCCAAUUUGUGAUACAAGGAUAAAGAAAAGAUUAAAAACGUUUUUGUCAUGAAGUC